UGGCAGAACGUAAACAAGAGCUCGCAUGUGAUCAUAAACAAAUUCAGCCAACAUGGCAGCGCCUGCAGACGCUCGUGCCCCGUUUGCUGCCGCGGAAAAACAGGAAUCCACGGUUCUUGACUUCACUGACGUUGCUUCCUCAGGAGUCCACGAUGAGAAGUUCUAUUCUGCGGAUAAACCUGCUCCCAUCCCGCAUAACCAAGACGUAUUUUCGGCUGUGCCCUCCAUGCUCCUGUGGCAAGCAGGAAAGCAGCAAGCGAAAAACGCAUUCAGUAUAUAUGGCAACAUAGAUCUGCUGAGGCCGUACUUCCACGUUGAACCACAAGAAGUCCGGGCCAGAAUUAUGGAGUCUUUCCUUCCUCGUUGGCCAUCACAUUAUGCACCACUGUUAAUUCCAGCUGAGCUUUAUGGGCCUCUGAUGCUAGUUUUGACAUUGAUAACAUUGCUACUUUUUGGAAUGAAGACAUCUGGCCAUACUGUGAAAGAAGGCACGCUCAUGGGCACGGCAUUUGGUGUCAGCUUCGGCUAUUGGCUCGGAGGCUCAGCCUUGGUUCGUGCUGCCGGUUACAUCAGCAGCACACAAUUGUCAUUCUUCCAGGUUCUCUCACUGAUGGGCUACGGACUGUCCGGUCACUGUUUGGCUCUGCUGCUGGGAAAUACGUUCCACCCUGUGCACUCCCACCUUUUCUUCUACAUUGUGUGGUUGCUGCUUGGUGGUUCUACAGCGGCCAGGCUGAUGUCAGUCUUUUCGGCCAAGACAGCAAGUGCAUCACACAAAGCUGUAGCAGCUGGUGCUGCAGGCGCACUCCAUUUGCUUGCUUUACUCUACUUUCAUUUUGCAUACCACAGGACUGUUGAAGUGCUCGAGAGUAUCUGAAAAAGCCAGUAUGGGAGGACACAUCAAGAGAUUUUUCUGCGUGCUUGUUUGAGAUACAGACUUUUGAUUCCAUUAA